AUGCAUCCGGCCUGUCCUCUUCCAGAGAAAUCUCCCCGACGGAGGGAUGUUUUCCAGGUGGCGCCUCACCCCCACGUGUGUUCUCCUCUGUCCGGAAGACACAAUCCGGCAGUUGCCGGAGCGAUGCCUUUCGAUGAGGUGCUGCCCAACGCUGGGUCCAACGGAAGGUAUCAGCACUUCUUGCUGUGGUUGGUCCUGCUUCCAGCCCAGCUUCCGUUCGGUUCUCACGGGUACAGUCAACUCUUGAUGAGCUGGACCCCCGACAAUUGGUGUCGAGUGCCCGAACUGGAUGCCAUAGCCAAUGCCAGUAGUCACCUGUACAUGAAACUAAGACUAUACCUGGCACGUGAGUACAGGGAUUGGGAAUUGUUGUACAGCCAAUGUACGUUGAAUAGGACAGUAUACGCUCAGGCUGUACAUCAAGAGUCAGGCCAUACUUUUCGGUGGAAUAGUACGUCAAAUACCGAGUUCAUGUGUGACGUACAUGGAUGGUACUAUAACAAGAGCUAUCUGGGAGAGAAUCUGAACACAAUCGUUAGCGCUUGGGAUUUGGUGUGUGACCGCAGCUGGCUACCAACAUUCGCUUUCAUGUUUUAUGGAAUAGGAGAGUUCUUGAGCUUGCCUUUAUACUUUUACGUCAGUUACAGGUUUGUGUAUCAUAUUGUACAUGGAACUACACGUAGCUCAAAUGUUUUUUUCCCAGCAUGA